AUGAGCGACGAGAAGGCCAUCUCAAUUGAAUCUGUGAACAGUUCUAGUCCAAGACUUGAAGCUGUCAGUGUUUUGGUUGUUGAUGGUGAUUCUGCAUGUCUUGCAAUACUAUCAAGAAUGCUCUGUAACUUGGGGUAUAAGGUUAUGACUGCCAAAAGAGCCUAUGAUGCACUAUCCAUAGCUCAGAAGCAGGAAGAUGAGCUUCAUCUUGUGCUGACAGAGGCUCACUUGCCUGACAUGGAUAAAUAUGAGCUCUUAGAGAAAAUGAAGGCAGUUUCCAAAGUACCAGUUGUUAUUAUGUCUGAUGAUGACGAUGAGAAUGCUAUGUUGGGUGGGCUGUUUAAAGGAGCUGUAUUUUAUUUUGUUAAACCACUCACAAUCAACAGCCUAAAAAACCUAUGGCAGUUUGCAUUCAUCAAGAACAGAAAUCAUGUGGUGAUAGAUCUCACUGAAGAGGAAAGUAGUGUUUAUGGUGAAUCCCAGCAAGAGAAUACAUCAAAUGAGGGCUUGGAGAGUGACUCAUUCAUGACAAGAGACCGAUGGUUGAAAAUAAAAAAACCUGAAAGGACAUACAAAGAUGAGGAUAAAGAGAAUUCUGAUUCAACUUCCCAAAGGAAGACAAAGAUAGUUUGGACCAAUGAGCUACAUAAGAGAUUCUUGCUAGCUGUCAGAUUGCUAGGAGUUGAUAGUGCUCAUCCAAAGAAAAUACUUCAGCAGAUGAAUGUCCUGGACUCAGGAAAGAAAAUGUUUCAAGCCAUUUACAGGUUUGCUUUUUUGUUGUAUAGGAUUCAGUACCUUUAA